AUGAACGAACCGCUGUUGACAAUUGAGGCCACCCCUGAUCAGCAUGUGAGGUCUAUACAGUUGGCCAUUGAGUGGGGGGAGGCUGCUCUUAGCUCAGCCAAGGCGAGAAUCCACGUCCUCGCAAACUAUCGAAACGCCUACGACGUAACAGUUAUCCACUCUCACAUAGAAGAGGCAGAAAGGCAUCUGUUCAGUGCCAUGAGUGCACUGCGCGAAGCAAGAACGAAUUUUCAAGGUACAAUACUCCCUGCCCUUGAGUUUUGGAGACAUUGCAUGGCUAACUGGCCUGAUUGUAUAGUAGCAAAGACCGACUACAAGUUCCCUCUACCGCCUGUCCUAUGCCAACCUGAUCUAUAUCCACACUAUUCAGCAUCAUUCAUUGACCUAUGCUUGGGCGUGCAUGUUGAUCCCACAGUAUAG